AUGCCCACUUGUGCACAUCCUACUGCGCACCCUCGCCAUAAGCGAGGUGCAAUUCUGUCAUCAGUACCAGUAGGGAAAAGAAAAGUCACGGCUGAAAGGGCCUUAUCAAUCAACAAAUACAUUCGAAAACGUUAUAAAGGAAAAGUAUCUACACUCAAAGAAAACGAUUUGCUAUGUGAAACAUGUUAUGCUGCUGAACAACGGCGAUGGUCGAACAAAAAAUCUAUCAAAGAAGGUUCAUCGGAUGAAGAAUCAGACCCAAGUUUUCAAGCAACUGUGUCAUCAUUCCUGCUUUCUAUUCAUAAAAGAAGGCGAACAUGGUCUCCAACACCUAGUAGUUAA